GGGGUUUUGAACUAUUGCCCUUGACUGAUGUCGGCAACUCAAAUACGCGAGACGCCUGUUGCGACUGCGCGAGCCUUUGUGUUGGUGUUCAAUUCGGAGCAGCGUACUUGGGUUCCAAGUGGUGGUGUUCGGGCCAUAUCGUGGGUUCAAGUUUUGCAGCAGAAGGGUUUUGACGCGUUUCGGAUAGUUGGAUGGCGUCAACCGGACAAUCAGAUCGUGGUCAAUUCGGUUCUCAAAGCUGGACUAGAGUACCAGUCCCACGGGCAGUUUCAAGAAUGGCGUGAUCCUAUCACUCUACGUGUAUAUGGACUGCAUUUUCCCGACACUGAGGAUGCACAAGCGUUUAUGAAAACUGUUAAUCUGGUCCUUACGAAACUGGAGAGUCCCGCCCCAGUCCCGACUGACCAGAAGGCAGGUGAUCACACAAUGGUUCAGCGAUCCUUCCCGACUGCCGGACCAAAGCACAGCAACGGGGAGGACCCUGCAGACCGAACCAAUCCGUCGAAUGAGUCUCGAGUCGGCACCAAUUCAGCCAGUCAUGCGCUAGCUCCGAAUAAAAACUGCACCAUUUUAGUCACCCCAGCUUCUCAAUCCAGUGAUGGUGAACAACCCGCUUCACGUGGAGAGCAGCAGUACUAUUUCAACGGUGGACUGGAGUGUAAAGGCGAAUACGCAAUCCCGUUGUCCAAACCAGCUCCCAACUCGAGCGCCCACGCGCCGCUGAGAACCUGUUCCAAUAAGGAUCGCCGAGAAAUCACAAUUUGUCGCGAAACAGACAACCGCUUAGACAUUUGUGAUCCAAGCUCGCCAGCGCCCAAACCACAUUCCGCGACAGUCGGUGGUUCUACACCUGCUGUCAGUCUCACCGGAGAUUCUGAGGCCACCCAGCCGACUGCGACACCCCCACUGGUUAGCCAUCGUCGACAGCUCUCCAAUACUUCUUCAGGUAGUUUGGGUUAUGCAACAGGCCCCGGUUCCACAGCGGCUCCGUCAUCAGCCUCCUCUAUCAGUUACGGCUAUGGUUAUGGUUAUUCGGGAUCUGGCAGUUUGGCCAGCUUUACGAGCAGUAUGAGCACAGGUAGUGGAAUGUUGGGACCAUCUUCUACCGGCCCCAGAUAUCCGCUCAUGUUAGCAGCCACGGAGACACACUCUUCAUACCACGCCUCCGAACGUACGUCUUCAGUAUUUAUUCACAAGCAGCCGAUUAGUCCAAGCCCCUCAUAUCGGGACUCUUCCAUUAAUCGAAUCGUACAUCAUACGGAAGAGUUCACUGGACUAGCGGACACAGCGGAGACGGCUCCUGAAAGCCCAGUGUCUCCAGCUACUCUGGUUGCAAAUGCCCCACCACCACCACUCUCACCAAAACUAGGUGAACGGGUUUUGGCACAGUCUAACGAACCUCCUCAAGUGUGUAUGACCAUGCCAAUUCAGGAAGCCACUUCAGUUGGUGCCGGUCCGUCAGCAGAACAAAAAUCGAAGCCCUCGCCGGUUUCCACAGUGAAACCUCCGACAUCUGGUCUAUACAUUCCUCCACCACCUCUCCCACAACGAACCGAUACAGAAUUAAGGUCAAACGAUGCGCCUGAGUCCUGCAAUACAUCCAAACCUUCCCUGCAUCGCCAAGAUUCUAACCAGACUGCGAAAUCAAAUGCGCAUAAUUUAGCCGUUUCGUCCAUGAUGCGUGAGAUGCAACGACGCAUUCAAGCUCGGAGAAAAGCGCUAGAUGCGGUAGAGGAAGCCAGUCAUACAAACUCCGCGAACUUGAUGGGUGUUGUUCAGCCCCAAGUCGAUCAAUCGAGCCCUCCCAAUACGAUAAAUCGCACAGCGUUCCAGUGUGCCAUCUCCUCCUCGAAGCAGACGACCGAAUUUGCAGCGACUCGAAAGUGCCCACCGAUAUUCCACAGUACAGCCUCCUUCAACCCUACUGGCCUCCAAAACACUGUUCCCUCCAUGGCCCCACUAACUCGUGCCGAACUGGAUCUAUUGCGUCGUGAGAUUAUUGGCGAAUUGCGACGAGAGGUACUUUUGGCAAAAAAUGAAAUACUAGACAGCAUCCGCUUGAGCAAGUUUCAGUGAUCGACUCGUCAGAACAGAGCGCAUUUACACUUGCUCGUCCAAUCUCAGUUCCUUCCUACACACCCGUCAACCGUGGGAAUGACUACUUCUUGCGCUGUGAUGCUCUUUCCUCGAGGUUCUAGCUCCUCACAAAGUCAACACUAAGGAGUAUGGGUUUUAGGCGAUUGAAUUCUGCCGCUCGUCGGGCUGUACUGUGCAUUCUUUCUUUGACUUUGACAUUUUUUUGGUUUGCCUUCUUUUCUAUAUGAUUUCCUUGUUUUCAUAACCGGACUUACGUUGUGUGCCGCCCCACCUGACAGACCGCUUUUCGUUUCCUUUUUUUCAAAAAUAAAACAUCCAGUUUAUUAGGACAAGUGUCAUCCUGUCUAUUUUGUCUUUUCAACACAUGUGACAUUUGUCAGACGAUAGCAUCUUCCGACAAUUCAGAUGCCCCUAACUCAAAUCUGUUUAGUCACUGAGUACGUUUUAUC